AUGACAACAAAACAAACUGUUUCUUUAUUUAUAUGGCUUCCUGAAUCAAAACAAAAAACCUUAUUUAUUUCUACAAAAAAUCAUACUCAAUUUGAAUUAAAUAAUAUAAUAUUUGAUGUUACUUUAUCAACUGAAUUACCUGAUAAAGAGCCUAAUGCCAUCAUCACUAAAAGAACACACCCAGUAGGUAAAAUGGCAGAUGAAAUGAGAAAAUAUGAAAAAGAUCAUCCAAAAGUUUUAUUCUUAGAAAGUAGUGCAAUUCAUGACAUGAUGAGUAGUAGAGAAGAAAUUAAUGCACUUCUCAUUAAAAAUAAUAUUCCUAUUCCUAAUUCAUUUAGUGUUAAAUCAAAAGAAGAGGUAAUUCAAUUACUUCAAUCAAAACAACUUAUUCUUCCUUUCAUUGUUAAACCAGAAAAUGCACAAGGUACUUUUAAUGCACAUCAAAUGAAGAUUGUGUUAGAACAAGAAGGAAUAGAUGACAUUCAUUUUCCUUGUUUAUGUCAACAUUAUAUAAACCAUAAUAAUAAAAUUGUAAAAGUGUUUUGCAUUGGAAAUACUCUCAAAUGGCAAACAAGAACGUCUUUACCAAAUGUUCAUAGAUGUGGAAUAAAAUCUGUUGAUUUUAAUAAUCAACAUUUAGAAGAUAUACUUAGUUGGCCUGAAGGGGUAAUAGAUAAACAAGAUAUUAUUGAAAAUUCAGCUAAUCGUUUUGGUAGUAAAAUUUUAGAAGACCCAAUCUUGUUAAAUUUGACAAGUGAAGCUGAGAUGCGUGAUUUAGCUUAUAAAGUUCGUUGUGCAUUAGGUGUUCAGUUAUGUGGGAUUGACUUUAUUAAGGAAAAUGAACAAGGGAAUCCUUUAGUUGUUGAUGUUAAUGUAUUUCCAUCUUAUGGAGGAAAAGUAGACUUUGACUGGUUUGUAGAAAAAGUUGCGUUGUGUUAUACUGAGGUAGCAAAAAUUUAA